GAGACGCUGGGGGCUUCGAGCGAGCAUCCGCCGGACGACGCUCGUGCGUGGCGACAAAGAGGCCGGCGAGGAGCCGCGCGCGCGGGCGUUAGGAGUCUUCGACGCGGCCACUGCGCACCUGGGUCGACCCGGUCGCCUGGCCACCGGAAGCGGGCCUACUCGAGAGAAAGCGGCACAUCGGUCGCCGACGCGCGCGGAGAGCGAUGAGCAAGGUGCGCAAGACCGACGCGGCGCCCAGGCGUGAUUCGAGGCGCAUGCAAGUGCUCAUGGUAGAGGACUUCGACGUGGCGCCGUCGUCCGUCGAAGAGGACGCGCCCCGGCGCCGGGAGGCGGACAACGGCGGCGGCCCCGCCUCGGACUCCGACGUCGAGGAAAACUGCUCGGGCGACGAGCGGCCGUGCAGGUCGACCGCCGUCGUCGACGACGAGGUCCACUGGCCGCUGGGCGUGCUCCAGGAGCAGUUCCACAUCCUCCAGGAGCGCAUUGUGGACGAAGUGCGGAGGGUGAUGAGGGAGGAGUUCUACGAAAUGCGCAUGUCCAUGGCGACGCCGCCGGAAUCGCCCGCGCCGGGCUCGCCGGUGCCGCCGACGUCGUUCGACGGCCAGUUCAAGGCGUUCGCAAAGUUUGGCGACAGCAAGAGCACAGGCGACGCCAUCACGCUCUCCAACAGCGACAAGUGGUUCAAGCAGGCCAAGGUCAUCGACGGCAAAAAGAUCACCACCACCGACACCGGCAUCUACUUCAAGCAGGUCGCCAAGACGAAGAAGGCGCUGAACCUGAAAGAAUACCAACAGUUCCUGGAGGUGAUAGCGAAAAACAAGAAGGUCGAGGUGGAAGAGAUCAAGGACAAGCUGAGCACGUGCGGUCCGCCAGCCACCACACGCACCACGCCCGUGGCCACGGGCGGCGCCGUGGCUCGGCUAACGGACCACACCAAGUACACGGGCACCCACAAGCAGCGCUUCGACGAGGCCGGCAAGGGUCGGGGCAAGGAGGGCCGCCAGGACGUCCCCUCGGAGUCGGGCUACGUGAGCGGCUACAAGGACGAGGGCAACUACAACAAGACCCACUGAAGGCGCCCGCCGCGCUCGCGGACACACCGCCCCGUCCGGAAGCGCGGACACGCAUGGCGCCCAGUGCAGCGAGCGACGUCCCGCUGUCCACAGACGAGCCUGCAGGAGGCGACGUUGCAUCACGCGCGCCCUGCUUGCGCCACUCAAUGCCACUUUCUAAACCUUUUUUCUUUUCGGUUUGAAAACUGUGAUUCACGCUUAUCAGGCCUCAGCCGCUUGGUGCAGGGAUACGCGUACAGCGCUCACGGCACGCAUCGGCUUAACUGUUUAGAAACGAGCGCCUUCCCUGCAAAGGUGAUCGAGAGGCACAGUUUCUCAAAGGUGGUUCACAUGACGCUGUAAAGUGCUCCGGUACGGCCGGCAUUAGGCUAAACUGGAACGGAGAACGCUGCGGGAAAGGUCACACCCUUAACGUAACACAUUUACGCCUUAGUCAUCCUGUCUCCUACGAAGCUCGUUAUCAGAAACUAACCCGCAUUUUAAAAAGAAAAAAUAUAACUUUCUAGAGUGCUAUACCCAGCUACCGUCUGGCGCAGAAACGGGCAAACGUUGACAUCUAGAGUGCCGUCGUCCGCAUGAAUGUCUCCUUCCUCGAGGUUUGAAUGGAGCCACUGCCCCGCAUGUACUUGCUGUGUUGCAGCCGCUUAUCCUGCACACAGAAGCCUGUCAGUGUUUGCUAGCUGCGGUUUCACUUUCUGCAACGGCGAGAAUUCAGUUCAGAAAAACUGGUGAGAAUAUAUGCUAAGGGACCGUUGAAUGGGAAGCAGCGACUAAGCAUGGUAAGUUAAGCGAAGGAAGCACACUUGAAUCGCUUCACCAUCAUUUUUUCAGUAAUAUUGCACCAUUUUUAUCUUUUGUUUACUCUGCGCGGGAAAAGAAAAAGCAUCAGCCAUUUACAAUGCUUCCUUAACAACAAACCUCUCGUGUUGCCAAACUGAGACGCCUCCCAGAUUCCAUCGGCCAGACCAACAAGAAGAAUACCUGGAUGCCAUUGUUUAUAGGGUCUAUAGUUAACGUGCUUCCUUACCUAACUGCCUAACUUCAAGUUCAGAAAGUGGGAGCGUAGCGUUUAAGAUGAGCCUCACUCAUUUGUUCACAGCUAUAUAUACAGUGUCAACGCUUCUCUUGGUAGCAGGCUGUAAGACGGGAUAGUGUCAUUUUUCUGUACAUCAAAUUGCGGCUUACAUAGUGACGCCACACAAGAUUUUUAUACGAAGUUCUUACAGCUGACUUACACCCCUGUUCAGUGUUUAUUCAAGCUGUGUAAUUUCAUUGUUGUCGCUGUAGCGUUCAAUAAAAAAGUGAACCGUAUCGUGCAUCAACA